AGGUAUACAAGGUUGAUAAAUAUGCAGUGUCCAUGGACACUGCCGGUAUUAUUGUUCGACAUUUAUAGCUUUGAAGGGGGUUUUAAACUGCAAUGGCUGACUGACAUAUACACCAGCCGUCGGUCGAAUCAAUGAGGUGACACACUAAAUCGGAUAUCCAAACAUAACCGUGUGAGAAAAAAAGAUAUAUGUAGAGUGAACAGUCAGGUAAGCUGUUAUCGUCUAAAAGUAAAAGUUUACAGUAACGUUUAAAUCCAAAUGCACAGCGAUUGGUUAUUCCAGAGUUAUUAAAAAUAAACUACAAUACACUACAAAGGCGGAUACAACUGAGUGAAAGACUGCUAUAUGGAAAUGGAAAGAUUUGUAAUGUCACUAGGUCAUCGAGACAGUAUAGCACCACCAUCUGCCUCAGCUUUGGCAAUUGAGGCAAAGAGUGUAUUCGAUGAAUUCGACAGAGACAAAAACGGAAGAAUCGAUGCUUUGGAACUUGGGAGUGCACUUCGCAUGCUUGGUCUGAAUCCUACAAUGAAAGAAGUAUCCGACAUGAUUUCUGAAGUGGACAACGAUGGUAAUGGUACGAUAGAAUUUGAAGAAUUCCACACUUUCAUAAAACGGUCGUACAAAAAACCCGAUGAUAUCAAACAUGAUUUAAAGAAAGCUUUUCGAGUACUGGAUAUCAACGGGGACGGGUUCAUAUCAAAGGAGGAGCUGAGAGAAGUCCUGAGUCCUUGA